AUGGGUUUAUGUAUUUUUCUACAUCCUCAAUAUGCUGGAGAGGUUUCCCCCAAGAAGCUGCAUGGAUUUGCAAAUUCUACUAUCCCUCUUUUUGGGGCCCUGGGAAAAACCCUUGGUCAAAUUAUGGGACAAAGGGAGUAUUUAGGAACUGAAUCACUGUGGCCAUUACAGGCCUCCUGUGGAAUUACAUCAUUGAUCCAGCUGGUCACUCUGCCAUUCUUUCCUGAGUCUCCACCCUACCUCCUGAUAUGUAAAGGAGAUGAGGAAGGUUGCCUGAAAGUUAACAGAGAGUUCCCUGGCCCUCACUUUUAUUUCUAUUGGGGUAAAGGGACUCAUCAAGCAGAGACUGAUGACAUGAUGAAGGAGAAGGCUACAAUGAAAAGCACCAAGAUUCUCAGUGUCUUGAAGCUAAUGAAAGAAGUAUCCUUGCGUUGGCAGUUGUAUACCAUAAUUAUUAUUACAGUUACCCUGCAGAUUUGUGGCAUCAAUACAGCUGAGUUCUUCCUCACUUUAACUGGUGCCACAAUAUCCAUUAGGGUUGAAAUCUUUGACCAGACAUCCAGACCAUCUGCCUUUGUGAUUGGUGGGGCCCUCAACUGGGUUGGAAUCUUUGUGAUUUGGAUGAUUUUCCCAUUCAUUGUGGAGAACUUAGGUCAGUUCUUCUUCCUCAUCUUUAUGGGAGUUCUUGUCACUUCUGGGAUCUUUAUCUACCUGUUGCUUCCAGAAACAAAGGGAAAGUCUAUCACUGAAAUCCAAGAGGAAUUCCAUAAGUUAAAUUUUAGGAAGAAAUGUAUCCCAGCCAUGGAGAAGAACAUCAGUGGAGAUUAUAAUUUCUGCACUCAGCUCUGA